AUGCGAUCUCAAGCUUGUCGCAUUCUGAUCUCUCCUCUCAGACCUCAAAUCAUAUCUCUCCGCGCUACGCCGGCCACUCGGCUUCUGUCCAGUUCGUCACGCAAGUCUCCCACAGCCGGUCUCAAGGCCCUCAGAGCGGCGCCAACUAUCCCGUUCAUCGGCGCCUUCUUCAGCUCCAAUCGAAAUACCGAAUCAUCAGAGGCCAUGUCAUACCCCGACCAGCGAAGCGAAGACCAGUGGAGGGCGGUCCUCAACCCAGAGCAGUUCCGUAUUCUCCGCGAAAAGGGAACCGAGCGCGCCGGUACUGGUGAAUACGAUUCCCACCACCCGUCGAAGGGUGUUUACAACUGCGCAGGCUGCGAUGCGCCGCUCUAUACCGCUGAUCACAAAUUCAAGUCUGGUUGUGGCUGGCCCGCAUACUUUGACUCAAUUCCCGGCGCUGUGACCAGACAUGUCGACAGCACCUUCGGCAUGAAGCGGACGGAGAUUGUUUGUUCCAACUGCGGGGGUCAUCUCGGACAUGUGUUCGAGGGCGAAGGAUACAAAACCCCCACAGAUGAGCGUCACUGUGUCAACAGUGUCAGUCUGCGCUUCACCGAAGAUGCUGGUUCCAAAGAGCCCAAGGCGAAGGCUUGA